AUGGAUUCAACUAUAUCGGUGUCAAAAGGAUGCUUCGUCUUCAAAAAUGGAGCCACCCGAGCUGAUAAAACUAAAAAGGCGACCAAACGUAAAAAGGCAACCGCCCAUCAAACUGGCAUUUUGGGCAAAGAAAUAACAGAUCAACCAUUCUACACGGUAUACUCCGACACAUGGAAUAAAAUACAAAGCCACAUUGAUACCCUGCAAAAGGAGAGCAGUGGUAAAAUAUUACAAGAAUUGGUCGACUAUGUGGUGCAACAAAGUAAAAAUGAUGAAAAUUAUUUGGGUCUUGAUGAAAUUGUACCAGCUGCCGCCCUAUUAACGGGUAUAAAUCAACCAGAUCAUUUGGAACAAUUUGAUAAUCUUGCCCAGCGUAUUAAUGAACAAAUUUCGGCCAGUAUUUGUCUUUUGCAAUCUCGUGAUUGUUCCACCCUAAAAUCCGCUGUGGAAACCAUGGUCUAUAAUUUCAUUGAAGCUCCGCAUGAAGAUGAUGAGGAUCGUGAUCAUAAGCGAUUGCGUAAAACACAGUGCACCAUGAAACAAUUAAAGACAUGGUAUCGUAGCAAUUGGCCCGAUGAGGCAGAGAAAUCCGAGCAAACAAAUGCGGAUGAGGCGAGCAGUGAAACGGAUGCAAGUAGCAUUGUUUCGGCGGGGAAAGUCAGAGAUUCCCGUCACAUGUUAAUUGUUAUUUUGCCCGAUUUUGAAUGUUUCAAUUCAGCCAUAUUGCAGGAUAUUAUUUUGAUACUUAGCUCAAAUUGUGCUGAGUUACCGUUUAUGUUAAUUUUGGGUAUUGCCACAUCUAUUGCAGCGGUACACAAUGCAUUGCCCUAUCAUGUUACAUCGAAAAUUAAAUUGCGUAUGUUUAAGACCCAAUCGGCGCCAGUGGGUCUGAAUGAGAUUCUAGAAAAGGUUAUAUUAUCCCCCAAUUACGCCUUUCACCUUUCCGGCAAGGCCUUUAAAUUUCUAACACAUAUUUUCCUGUACUAUGAUUUUUCCAUAAAUGGUUUCAUACAAGGAUUCAAGUACUGUUUGAUGGAACAUUUCUUCCAAGGCAAUGCCUAUGGCUUGUGCUGUAACUAUUCCACUUCGUUGACCAAAAUUAAAGCUUUGACCCACGAUGAUAUGGAAAUUAUACGCAAACAGUUGUCUUUUCGUCCCUAUGUGGAAAGUAUUAACGACUGCAAACGUAUCAUUGCCAUACUAACCGAUGAUGAUUAUCUAAAAAAGAAAUUACCCAGCCUGCUAAAGGAUUGCCACAUCUAUUUUCUGUUGUAUCGCAUCUUUUUGGAAUUCCUCACCGUUUUGGUUGAGGAUCUACCCAAAUGUCCGUUGGGUAAAUUUCGCCGUGAAUUGUAUGCCUCCUGCUUGGCCAAAGAUAUUUGCUCCCAGCCGGAAUAUCGAGAAUGUUGGCAAAUAUUGGCUUUUAUGUCCAAAGAUGAAUUUGUAGCGAAAAUUUCCAAGGCCAUUGAACAAACUCAGGAUUUCUAUGAACAGGAAAUAUAUGAAAAAUUAGAAUUGUAUGGGGAAUGUGAAGAGAUUGUCAUUACCAAAUUGCAUGCCGUAAAAGAAUUGCUUACCAAGGUGGUAAUGGCCGGUAUGGAUGCCACAAAGUCACAGCAACAACAAACAACCGUAACAUCACCGGAAGAAUUAAAACAAGUAUCAUCACGGCAGGACCUGAAAGAUAAGCUAUUGCAAAUGUCCAAGGAACAAAAACCGAUAUCAGAAUUCGCUAAAUCUGUGCAAGAGACUUUGGAUUAUAUUGAAAAAGAAAUUGUGGCCGAACAUUUGGGUCCUCUGCAAAAGGCUCCUGCACUGCAUGAAUUGUUUGUUUUCUCCGAUAUUACCACGGUGAAGAGGAAUAUUAUUGGUGCACCACGUGCUGCCCUGCACAUGGCCCUUAACAAUCCGCACUUUUAUUUGCAAUGUAAAUGUUGUAAUCUUCGUGAAAAUACCCAGCUACUGCCAUCACUGCCAGAUAUUUCGGUAAUGUAUAAGCUGCAUUUGGAAUGUGGCCGCAUGAUAAAUUUGUAUGAUUGGCUGCAGGCAUUUCGUUCGGUUGUUGAUUUUACCGAAGAUGAUCAGGAACAAAUUGAUCCGCAGAUACAGGCCCGUUUCACCCGUGCCGUGGCCGAGUUACAAUUUUUGGGUUAUAUUAAAAUGUCGAAACGCAAAACAGAUCAUGCAACGCGUCUAACUUGGUAA